AUGAGAAUAACAAAUGACAAUACUCUGUACAUUGCUGAUUUGUCUAACAGUCGAAUUGUUGUGAUCGAACCUAAUUCAACUACGGCUAUAGCUAUUAUUCAAAAUGGAUCAGACUCCAAUCCUCUAUUUAUUGCGCCUAAUGAUGUUUUUGUCACACAAAAAUAUAUCUACGUCUUAGACAUAACCAAUUCUCAUGUGAUAAGAUUUUUCAAAAAUAGAACAAAUCCAGUCACCAUUGCAGGAAUCACAGGUCAAUAUGGAGGCCCUGAUAAUACAUCAACAAUUGGUACUUGCUAUAGCAUAUUUGUCGACAAUAACGAGAACUUGUAUGUGAGUGACUUUUCUAAUAACAGAGUGGUUCGUUAUUCAUCAAAUUCAUCAAGUGGUAUGCCUGGUGUAGUAAUCGCUGGACAUGCCAUCGGUGGAAGCAACGCUUCACAGUUCAAUGGACCAUGGGGAAUAUUUGUCAAUGAAGUUGGAACAUUGUAUGUUGCGGAUCUUUUGAACCAUAGAAUCCAAAGAUGGGAUAAUGGAGCUUCCUCAGGUGUGACUGUGGCUGGCACUGGGCUUGGUGGCAAUAAUUUAUCUCAACUAUCCUAUCCAAUGGCAAUCGUUGUUGACUCAAAUGAAUAUAUGUAUAUAGUAGAUUCAGGAAAUAACCGAAUUCUUCGAUGGGCACCGAAUUCAGAUACUGGUGAAUGUAUUGCGGCUUGUACUGGUAAUAUUGAAACUGGUGUUGAAACUCUAAAUUGGCCGUAUACAUUGGCAUUUGAUAGUUAUGGCUCUCUCUUUAUCAGCGAUUCAUACAAUAAUCGAGUACAGAAGUUUCAGAUACUUAGUAGUUUUGGUGAGUAG